AUGGACCUUCGGCGCCGGAAUUGCGCCGGUGGCGGUGGUCAAACAAUCCUCCGUAGUCAAGUGGCCUUCAGUCGGCGGAGGUCGGAAGAUCGAUUGAGCAGCUUCAGCCAAGAAACAUCGAGACCUGAUUCGGCCGUGCCGCUGUCAUUUUCAUCCAACCUGUUUACUGUGUCGUUCGAACUGGAACUGCAGUCUUCGACCCUGUGCGGCACGGGAGGCUCUUAUAAUAAACUUCGUCGCGAGGUGCACACCACGGGUUCAACUGGGGUUUUUAGCUUUUCACCUCUACGAGUUACGAGUGACGUCGGCAAACCACAUUGUCAAUGGCCUGAAGCAAACCAAUUGCCGGGAUCCAUGGAUGGGGUCCGUCGAUCACCCGCCGGUGACGACACAUACAUCCCCCACCCAGAGCUAUCCAGCAGGUUAAUCGAGAAGUGCGCCGAAAACUUGACGGCACGAACGUUUGGAUGGUGCGCUGCUUCAUAA